AUGUCGGCCCCAACGCUGUCCCCUCCAUCCCAGCACGAUGCCUUCCGCGAAGGCAUGCAAAGACUCCAGCAGAGCGAAGGUCCGGCCCCUGACUUCAUCAUCGCAGUGGAUGGCAAGGAAUGGCCAGUUCACAAGCUCAUUCUCUUUUGCCACUCGGACGUGCUCUACAAGAUGAGCACAAAUGCUGCCUUCACUGAAGGUCAGACCGGUCGGGUGCUCCUUAAGGAUGUCGAACCCCGUUGCGUUGAAGCUAUGGUUCAUUUCUUCUACCAUCAGGACUAUCAGUACGAUCCAUGCACCAUGUCUUUUCCGAGGCYAAUCAGUCCUGGACCCUCCAUCGCACCUGGCGAUGAUUCUAGCGGUGGUGAAGGCGACGGAGAUAUCCACAGCACCCACGAUGGAGACGGCGAACAUGAGGAGGAUGAGAACGAUAUCGGAGGCGGUGGUGAUGGAGGUGUAAUCAGCUGGGACGAUGUAGAUGGCAACGAUGGAGCAAGCUUCUCCAGCCUGAAUGCAAGAUGGGAUCUCCCAACGCGACCGGCCUCUCCUGAGUCCUUGCCAUACAGAGAUCGCCUCAAAGAUGACGAGGAGGCUGAUCGGUUGGAGUUUCAUCUCGCUGUCUGCGUCCUGGCCGAGUGCUACAACAUCAAGGGACUGAAGCUGGCAGCUGAGGACAAGAUUGUGACGCAACACCUCGAUCCCGCGAGAAGCACCACGAAUCUGGAGUUCGUCGUGGACAAGAUUGCCGACAGUGAUGCGGCCGAGAGCUUGCGAGAUAAGGUGAUCGACUCGGUAAUCCACCAGACCGAGCACCUUCACUCCAGCGCACCUUAUAGCCUGCUCGAUCGCCGGCCUCAGCUUGCCAUCGCGAUCCUCAAGCAGAUUGCUCAGAGGAGACACGCCGAGACCAUGCCUGGCCAGCGAAAGAGAUAUCAGUGGAUGACGGGUGCAAGGGUAGGAUGA